GCACAAUCAGAUGAGCAGAGGAAGUCUGGUAGCUUGAUGCCACCGGGAGACAGAAAAUUUGUUAGCUCAGAAGUAAGGGAGAAGUUAAUUUUGCUACAGGAACCCGCCCGCCACCGGCUGACCAUACCAGUCCGGUUAAAAAAUGAGGCCGCACUUGUUUAUUCUUUUGGCUUUUUGUGUGGGAUUCGUUGCUGUUACUGGGAAACCCCUGCCGAAGAACGAGAAAGUUAAAAAUGAUAUUGAACAAAGUAACCCAUCAGUGCAUGGAAUAACGAGCGAUUACGAUGUCCAACUUGCAAACCUGCUAAUUAACCCGUCAGAAAGUCCAGAUGGACAUUCACUUAACCGCCGCACAGCACAUGGUUUUGGUGCAGACGACGAACCUUCGUUGCACCAUCCAACACAAGUUUCUGGAGAUAACGAACCUUCGUUGGGCCACCAUCCAACACAGGUUUCUGCAGAGAACGAACCUUCGUUGCACCAUCCAACACAGGUUUCUGGAGACGAUGAACCGUCGUUGGGCCACCAUCCAACACAGGUUUCUGGAGAGGACGAACCUUCGUUGCACCAUCCAACACAGGUUUCUGGAGACGAUGAACCGUCCUUAGGCCUCCAUCCAACACAGGUUUCUGGAGAGGACGAACCUUCGUUGCACCAUCCAACACAGGUUUCUGGAGACGAUGAACCGUCCUUGGGCCUCCAUCCAACACAGGUUUCUGGAGAGGACGAACCUUCGUUGCACCAUCCAACACAGGUUUCUGGAGACGAUGAACCGUCGUUGCACCAUCCUACGCAGGUUUCUGGAGAUGACGAACCUUCGUUGGGCCACCAUCUAACACAGGUUUCUGGAGAGGAUGAACCUUCGUUGCACCAUCCAACACAGGUUUCUGGAGACGAUGAACCGUCCUUGGGCCACCAUCCAACACAGGUUUCUGGAGACGACGAACCUUCGUUGCACCAUCAAACACAGGUUUCUGGAGACCAUGAACCGUCGUUGGGCCUCCAUCCGACACAUGUUUCUGGAGACGACGAACCGUUGUCGCACCAUCCAACACAGGUUUCUGGAGACGAUGAACCGUCGUUGGGCCUCCAUCCAACACAGGUUUCUGGAGACGACGAACCUUCGUUGCACCAUCCAACACAGGUUUCUGGAGACGAUGAACCGUCAUUGCACCAUCCGACACAGGUUUCUGGAGAGGACGAACCGUCGGUGCACCAUCUGACACAGGUUUCUGGAGAGGACGAACCUUCGUUGCACCAUCCAACACAGGUUUCUGGAGACGAUGAACCGUCGUUGGGCCUCCAUCCUACACAGGUUUCUGGAGACGACGGACCUUCGUUGCAUCAUCCAACACAGGUUUCUGGAGACGACGAACCAUUGUUGCACCAUCCCACACAGGUUUCUGGAGAGAAUGAACCGUCGUUGCACCUUCCAAGACCAGUUUCUUUGCUCAUUGUUCAUUCAAGACAACGCUCUGGAGACGAGGAAAGUGUCUUGAACAGCAGGACUCGGAAUUCGAAAGGAUAUGACUCGAUCAUCAGGGAGAAUCUCCCCAGUGCAGCAGACGAUGGCACUCCUUUGCUGAACAGCAGUUCGCCAGUAUCAAGAACGUCAGUGAUUGUGUACGCAAACUUGACAGAAGAUAUACAGCCAUCUAGCCAUCCAGCCACACGAGAUCAUCUGACGAAUGCGGAACCUAAUCUGACAUUACUGAUCUCUGUGUCUUUCGUCAGUCUAACUGCUGUAAUUCUCAUCUGCCUUUUCCUCUUGUCGUCCCGCAACAGAAAAGACAAAGGUGACCAGUUAAGCAUUGUAGACGUUUAAUGCUGCUACAUGCCUGUUUUGUGGCUUUGCCAUGGAAAUCAGGUGUUGAUGUUCGCCUCUCUGGCCUAGACUCCAAUUAAUGCACUCCAUUUCGUCAUCCUGAUCGUCCUUCCUCGACAGCGAGGCUGGUCCACUGCAUCCGGAGUGUUCUCUCGCCCUGCACAACAUGAUGAUACAAUACGACACGAUGGUUUCUGUCAAGUGCGAGUGAAAGUGUUGUGUCACUAAGGGCUACGCUGGCGGGAGCCCCGGCUCCUGGAAGGUACAACCAAACCAGACUGAUCUUAGGCAAGUAUGCAACCAAGCAUACAACCUAGCAUUGGUGAUGACGCUUUGAGCAUCUGCCGGGCGGCUAUAUAUGGGCCAACAACUCAUUCCGUCGCUUUACAACGUUAGAGAAACGAGAACUGGCACUGGACACAGGGCUGGAGAAGCGAACAUCAACCUGUGAUUUCCCGAGGAUGGUUUUAUAGUGUACGUUUUCGUACAACUUCUGGUGCUGCUCAGGCCUAACUAAGGUCUUCAAAAGUAAUUCCUUUUAUCGUACACAUAUAAACAUACCAGUAGUGUUAAUAUAGUAUUUUUUGUAUUUACAAACGUUAUUGUUAUCUUGCAUUUUCUAUUCAGAUAGGCCUCAUCGGCUACAUGUAUUAGUAUUAUUGUCAUUAAUUCAUAAGAUUAUAAAGAUAAAUUAAUGCAAGUUUUUGUAGUUACUCAUUUCCAGUUAUCAGACUUCUUUGUCUUCACGAAUUAAC